ACAUCGCCCCGGAAGUUAUAUUACGCCAAUGAUAUGGGAAUCCUGUUGAUUGGUGGUCUAUGGGCAUUAUAUUGUACGAAUUUCUAAUUGGCUGUGUACUAUUUUUUGGUGAUACUCCGGAAUAAUUGUUUGCUCAUACUGUUAACGAUGAUACCGAUUGGCCGGAUGAGGAUGAUUGACCUGUUGAGUCAGAAGCAAAAGAUAUUAUAACAGCGUUGCUUCAACAAAGUCCUAGAGAUCGUUGAAUAAUUGAUGGAUCUCAUAAAGUAAAAGAGCAUCCACGUAUAACACAUGCGAUAUAAUUCCUAUCGUCGUAUUAAUAUUGAAAAUUAACAAAUCUGUACUACUUUAGCUCGUAUGGAUAGAUAUAAUCACGAUACAAGCGACGAUGCUGAUGACACCGAUGUCACCCGCCAUAUUGUUUCCGCUUAGCGUUAAUCAAGCGUCGUGUGCAGGAUACUUCGCGAAGCGUGUAUUUUUGCUAUUUGUUAAAGUACAUUGUUUUAUAUAAGAUAUAAAAAAAAUAUUUGAGAAGACCUAGAGGUCGUUUAGGCACUGAUGGAUCUCAUAAAGUAAAAGACCAUCCAUAUAGGGGCGCUGGUCCCCUAGAGAGGCGACGUUGCCGAUGAUACCGGUGACUCGUCCCCGCCAUAUCCUUUCUGCUCAGUACUAGUAAAGCGUCCGUGCCGUACACUUCGUGAAGCGUGCAUUCUUGCUGUUUGUUAAAGUAAUUUGUAGAAGAUGCCGAAAAGAGCAUAUGAACCACAACGUGCUGGCCUAGAUGGAAGAUACGAAAAUUUCAACGAUAAACGCUAUUUUGAGCACGAUGACCGUGCACCCAGGAAUGACAGAGGUUCAUAUCUUAGCAAUAGGCCUAGAGUAUCGUUCAAAACACAAGCAAGACCAACAAGGGAUGUGCCUAGAAGUCUAGCAUUAGCAUGCUUAGAUGAAGAUGUACAAAUGGCAACAAGUUCUAAUAAUAAUAAUAAUAAUAAUAAUAAUAGGCAAGUUAUUAUGACAGGAAGAAAUAGAAGGACGCAACGUGGAAGAAAUAGUCCUGUGCCUCAUACAAGACACAGGACUAGUUUGGUUCCUAAACCUAGGAGAUUUCCUAUGGGAGAAACUAAUUGGUAUAAAAUUACUAUACCAUAUGGACAGAAAUACGAUAAAGAUUAUAUAAUAAAUAAUCUUCUUAGUCAUAUAGCACCGGAAACUUUUGUUCCAAUAAUGUAUCGAGUUUUUGGAACUAAAGCCAAUUUUUACGUGGAUGAUGAGAAAAUAGCAGUUGCGUUAUUUGACUGUCAUCGUAAAAUUACAAUUACUGAUGAAUACAAAUUAUUAGUAAGAGUCUCAAAAUCAUCGUUUCCUCGAUGUGAAAUUGAUGACAAAUUGAAAGAAAGAUUGAAACAAGCCAUGGCUAAACGAUUUGUGCAUGCUACAAAUGCACUAGACUUGUCAAGGUUUCACAGAGAUCCAGAUCUUGUUUCCGACUACUUUUGUGCGCUAUUCCAACCUGCAAUAUUAAAAGCAGUGUUAGACAUUGUAUCAGAAUACAUACCAGAUUUAGAGGCAUUAAAUUUGGAUGGAAAUAAGUUGCAGACAAUCCAAGAUUUAAAUAUUCUGGAUAGAAAAUUUUUAAAGUUGAAGAUAUUGUAUAUUGGAGAUAACAAGAUAAAAGAUAUUAAUCAAUUGGAUAUUAUCAAAGAUCUGAAAUUGGAGGAGCUCAAAUUGGCAGGGAACCCUAUAUGCAACCAGUAUAAAUCUCGACAAUAUGACUACAUUAGUGACGUGCGCACGAGGUUCCCCAAACUCCUUCGACUGGAUGGUAUGGAUCUCCCAAAGCCAAUCCUAUUCGAUGUGGUGGACGUAGGAAACAUACCCCCUUCUCAGAGGACGUUUGUUGCAAAUGCAAAAGCACAAGAAAUUGUUAGUCAAUUUCUACAGCAAUACUUUCUUAUAUUUGAUAGUGAGAAUCGCCAACCAUUGCUAGAUGCGUAUGUCGAACAUGCGUGUUUUAGCAUGACCGUGUCUUAUCCUCCUCACUAUACUAACAAAUUAAAUGGAUACCUAAUGGAAAACAAGUACCUAAAGGACGACAGAAACCUGUACAGAACAAACGAUACAAACGAUAGGCAGAAGUUAUUAAAAUAUGGUCGUUUGCCCGUAGUUUCAUUUAUUUCCGAACUGCCACCAACUUCUCACUAUCUGAAUACAUUCACAAUGGACAUCAACCUGGUUACGGAUGGAAUGAUGUUGAUUACAAUCACUGGACUGUUCAAAGAGCUUGACAAGAAAGAACAACCUAUUCGAUACUUUAAUCGAACCUUUACAAUGGUACCGAAAGGAAAUGGUUGCUGUAUUCAAAAUGAACAACUACAUAUAAGUCAACCGACAGAGACACAAUUAAAACAGUUGAGUGAUCAACAACAAGCGCAAAUGACAAAUCCAGAAUCACAGACUCCUUCAAUUAGCGACGAUGCAAAAUCAUUAACGGUUCAGUUACCCGAAGACGUAAAACAACAAAUGACGAUGACUCUCAGUCAACAAACAAACAUGAACUUGGAAUGGAGUUUAAAAUGUUUAGAAGAACUAUCAUGGAAUUAUGACAAUGCGCUUUCAGCGUUUCAAGAAUUUUACAAACUGGGACAAGUACCAGCGGAAGCAUUUAAUAAAUAAGAAUAUAAUACAUGAAGACUUAGAAAAAUUUCAAUUUUAUUCAUUAUUCUUUUCUGCUGCACGUGUCUUUACAGUACAUGAUACUAGUGUGCGAUACAAUUGAUUUUGACUUUCAUUUUUGUAUGUCUGAAGUUUCGUACAGUGAUACAAUAUUCCAAACUUCAGAUUUUAAUUUCUUAUAGUUAUUUACAACAUACAAUUGUAAUUCACUUUUGGAAUUAUAUCGAACAUGAGCAUUGUGUUCAUUAUGAGAAACACAAAUAAUACUUAGAUUUUUCGCACUGCUAGUUCAAUUACGAAUCAUAUUUCGUAUGUAUAUAAUGAUGCGCAUUUUAUAUUAUGAUUCAAGUAAUCUAUAUUUGAUACGUUUGUUCCAUCCUAGAACACGUAUGCGAUAGUACUCUAACGUUUGUAAAUAGACAAUUUUAUAAUACUAUAUAAUUAUUUGUGCCUUUCUUUGAUUAAACUGUCUCAAAUGAAAUGAGCAUCAUUAUAUAUUUGAUACAGAUUAGUUUACAUUAAAUUUAAUAAGGCUACAAUAUCAUGAAUGUAUAAUCUUAGAAUGAUUAUAUCACAUCUAACUUCAUAUCAUGCUGGUUGUUUGUAUUUAUGACAAAUAUGUUGCGUAAUUUUAUGAACAUUUAAAUAAUGAAAACAUCCAUCACAUAGCGUGAAAAAAAUCUAUUCUCUCUAUAGCGAAUUUCUUUCUUUAGUUUGAUAUUAAAGUUAUUGUGAUAAAAUAGUUCUAGCAAAAGAAUUUAACAUCGAUAGUUAAAGAAAUACGAAUCAACCA